ACCAAACUUGACUUCUACUCGUGAUGGAGAUAAUUCCAAUUUGUUAGAAAAUAGAGAGUUCUCUGAUGAAUAUAUGGAGCCUAGCUGUUCUACCUCUAAUACUGCACAAAAUACUUCUUCAAGUGAGAAAAUAGAACAAACAUUUCCGGAAGUAACCUCAGAAGUACUUACAUUUAUGAAAAAUUGGUUAUCUUGGAUGGAAAAUCGACCAGAGUUUAAAAAGAAGACUGCAGUUAAUCCCGGCUACUUAAAACUUUGUUUAAAUGAAAAUAUUUUUGUGAAAAAUGUAGUAAUUUUAGAUGUUAUGCGAUUCAUCAAGAAACCCAAUGAAAUGGUACGAAGACUACUAUUAGAGCUGAUUGGCAAAGAAAAAUUAAAAACAAUGUCCGUAUGUGGCAAAAAUAGAACAAUGAUACCUUCAGAUGUCUUGAAAGCUGUUUAUAGUAAGUUUUUCAAUCAAUUCACAUUAACAUAGGUUAUCAAAUUAACAUAGUAUCAAAUUAAAAAAAAAUUAAUUUAUGUUUUGUGAGAAAAAAAAGUACAGUUAAGGAUUUUUCAUAUAAAAUGUACCUAAAAGUCAUCAACAAUAUGUGCACUACAUUAAGAAAUCCUAAAAUCGAAAAUUCAAAAAGCAAAAAAUCUGCUGAAAAAGAAUCAAAUAAUAAUAAAGAAGAAAAUAAUGAGUUAUUAGAAGAGAAGAGUGAUGGAGAAAACGAUUAAAUUAUUAACUUAUAUAUUUAAAAGUUCUUAUAUUUGAAAAUAUAUAUUUAAUUAAUAUUUAUUUAUUUAUAU